AUGACAUCGCCCGGUGAUGGUACCCCGGUGAAACCUCCGCCGUCCUUCUCGCCCAGCGUUGCGCGAAACGCGUCCAUAUCACGAUACCCGGAUGAAAGCGAGGCCACUGCCUCUUUGGACGCCGAGUUGGCAGACUCUCGUACGGGGUCAUCGCCGACCUCGCCCCUGCCUACAGCAUCCACCGAAUUACCCAUUCGAUCCUCAUCACCGCAAUCCCGCUCCGGUCGAUCGUCCACCCCGCAAUUAGCCCGGUCAUCAAUCGGCUCGCCCUUCGAUGGACGCUCCGACGGCUCAGAGGAUAUCAGAUCCUUGAUCAUCCGCGCUUUCUCUCCUACUGUCGCUAUUCAUGCCUCCGAGGACACCGAUGCGCUGGUGAGGAAUAAGGGGUUCAAAGGGGGCUUCUGGGACUUGGUUCGGCCCUUUGGCGAGACAAUACCGGGGAAAGUGGUUAUUCGGGAUAGUAUCGGAUCAAGUCGUGCUUGGGAAGACUAUGGGGUACGCUUCGUGAACAUCAAAGGGCUCGGCGCGGCCAAUGCUGCUCGCGACUCGCCCUUGGCGCAGAUGGAGGAGGUUCUGGAGAAACAGUUGAAUUCAGGAGAAGAUACGCUGGGAGGUCCUAUCUCUGGGAAGGACGUCAUGGGGGUUCCAGCUACGACACCGCUAUCCAAACUAUUCCUCCGCCAACUUCUGUCGUCUACGUCCGCGACCCCUCACGAAACAUUCGGUCAUCCCGUUGCCAGCGUCAUCGCGAUCAGCUCCCGGAAUACCGCACCCCUGGAGACGCUUCGGCAGCUGUAUGCAGAGAGCAGUACUGGGGGAAAGCGGCUGCCGGACUGGAUUCAGCAGGACUAUCUUCGGUAUUAUGUUUUGAUUCACGAUGAAGAACGGGAUGAUAUCGCGGAAUCCACCAAAUUAUAUGAUCAGAUGAAGAGGCAUUUCGGAUUACACUGUCAUCUUUUGAGGCUGCGGAGCAGUCAAUGUGUGGUUACGGAUGAUGACAGUACACAAGUACCCCCGUGCGAGUGGUUAUCUCCACGGGAGCACUUGUCGGGGGUUGGAGAAGCAGAAACGCUUGUGGACUUGGGUACAGAUGGCACCCCCUACCUUUUCGACUCCGACGCCACAGCCAUCAAGACCUUCAUUCGGGAGCUCAUGGUGCAAUCAGUAAUCCCAUUCAUGGAAAACAGAGUCGCCGUUUGGAAUGACCAAGUUGCAUCCCGAAGACGCGGCAUCAGCGGCCGACUUGCAGCAGUGUCACGUCGAUGGCCCUUCGGCUCCAGUUCACGUUCCGGUAUUGGAUCAUCAGGCGGAAAUAGUGGGAACUACGAUACAACACAGAACUUCUAUGCGCCAGAAUCUCCCGAGGCUACUCUGCGAAAGAUGGCCGAUUUUGCAUUCAUGCUUCGCGAUUGGAAACUUGCAGCGUCAACGUACGACAUGAUUCGCUCGGACUUUGGCAACGACAAGGCUUGGAAAUACCACGCCGGCUCUCACGAGAUGUGUGCAGUGAGCAUGCUCUUGAACCCGCUGGCGAUGUCGGCCAAAAUCAAACUAGAAAGCGUUGAUCAAAUGUUUGAGACGGCCUGUUACUCUUACCUCACACGAUGCUCUGACGCACCCCACGCCCUUCGUUCUCUUACGUUGGCCGUUGAACUUCUGAAAUCCCGGGGCGGUUCUGCCACCGAAACUGCCGCCAGGUGGGCCAUGCGGGUCAUGGACUUUGGCUUGGUUGAGUCUAUCGGUCAGAUCCUUUUUAUGGAACGGGUGGCUGCAUGUUAUGCCUCCAAGACCCCUGUCACAGGCGCGAAGUGGGGUGCUCGUCGACGCAAAGCCGGCAUGUGGAGUAUUCUUGCUGCUGACCAGUGGUUGAAGGCAGGAAAGCCAUCGUUAGCAUCAGCUUGUCUUGAAGAGGCGGAACGUCUCUAUGCCGAUGUACUAGAGGCUGAUGGAGCCUUCCCCAUGCCGGAGAUGCAAACUUUCGUUGAUAACCUGCGACAUGCCGUGAAGGUGGAAUACCUCGAGGCUAGAGGUUUCGAUGCCCGAGACGAGUCACCGAUUGAGGAUCCCAUUGGUACGGAAGAGAUUAGCGAGAAACUUGAUAAGCGCAGUCAUCGUCGCUCGUUGAUCGGGCUUCCAGCGCAGCUGGAUGCGGGCAAUCUCAAGCUGAGCCCGGGGCCUGGAACUCUGGAGGAAGCGCCCAAUGAUGACUUUGAACGAGCCUAA